AUAUUAUAUUCUAGGUGCUUCUCAUGCUAAGGACUCUAUAUAAACAAGGUUCAACUCCUUCCAAAAAUAUACUAAAAAUCAACUUAAAGCCAAAAACAUAUACUUGUUAACAAGAAUUUUUAGAAAUUUAAUCUUCAAGGACAUAUUACAAACAAUUUGUAGACUCAAAGAUAAUGGCAAUUGGAUUCAUGGAAGUACAUCUUGUCAAAGCUAAAGGCCUCAAUGGCACAUGUUUCUUUGGUGGAAUGGAGGAUCCUUAUGUUUUGAUACAAUAUCAAGGACAAGAGAAGAGGAGCAAUAUUGCUAAAGGUAGCGGCAGAAAUCAUGUAUGGGAUGAAAAAUUUAUUUUCAAAGUUGAAAACCAUGGAUCAAGUGAUAAAAACAAACUCAUUUUCAAAAUAAUGGACAAAGACACAUUUUCUGAUGAUGAUUUCAUUGGACAAACCAUAAUCUAUGUAAAAGAUUUAUUGGCUGAAGGUGAACAAAAUGGAGUUUCUAAGCUACCACCUCUUAAAUAUAGAGUGAUUCGUGCUAAUCAGUCAUAUCGUGGAGAAAUUGAUGUUGCCAUUACUUUUACUCCAAAGGUGGAAGAUGAAUUAAUUGAAGAAGACAUAGGAGGAUGGAAAGAAAGUAACUACCAUCAUCUAUCUUAGAUUAGUAUGGCCAGCAUAUAUGAAAAUAAGUCGUUAACUAAAAAUAGUUUGUAAUUUUGAAUCUUGUAACAUUUUGAAUCACUAGUUCAUAUUUUUGGAUUAUUAAUUUUUAGGAAGUAUUAAAGGCAGAAAUGUGCACUGUUAGUUGAUAGUCAGAAUGGUUAUUAGAGAGGUGAUUAAUUAAAUUGUUAGUUAGGCUUAUGGUAACUAUCUAUCUGUUUUUACAUAUGAUGAUGCUUGUAUUUUUUUCUUUUUGUAUUAUUUAAUUCAAUCAAAUUCAUUUCUUAUUUUCUUCAUUUCAA